UGUGCAUACGGGGGCAGUAUCUCAUGAAAUCAUGACUUUUUCCCUUUCUCUGGCAGAUUGCUCGAAAUAGCCUAGCUUGCAUCUGACAACCGUUCACAGUGCACUUGUGUAGCAGCUCAUUGGAGUGCGGGAUUUGGACUGUGGUGCAUCCAUGGAACGCAGUGAUGCUCCCGCAUCCACGAUCCGGAGUAUAGCAUCGAUCGAGCCGUUGCCCGUCCUGCAAAGAGAAAUCGGGGCUACUCGGGCCAGCUCUGGGGGUCUAGACCCUUGUGUGCUGGGGAAGUUCAUUGAAUCUUUUCAUCUUCAACUCAAGAUGUGAAGAUUCAAGUGAUAUGAUUGACAUAGAGACCGACUGCCGGACACGCAACACUUUGAUCGCCUAGCGAAGCAUGCACAAUGCAAGUGUUGGCCUUCUUGAUAUCGUUAACCGGUCUCGCAACAAUCGCGGUGGUUCUCCGGUUGUGGACUCGGCUGCGUCUGCGGAGUGCGGGGUGGGAUGAUUUGCUGAUUGUGGUGGCUCUGACCGCCAACCUCAUCCUCUUCGCCUGCCGUGUCGUCGAAAUCCGACACGGCCUCGGCCACCCCCGCGAAACCCUCACCCCGGCCGCCUUACGAACCCAACUCAAAGUCCGUCCUUCCCCAGCCUCCCAAUCGCUUUCCCAAAUAAACAACCCACCUAACCGAGAAAAGGCAUUAUACUUCUCCCUCCCUUUCUACCACCUCACCGUCAUCACCAGCAAACUCUCCGCCCUAGCCCUAUACACGCGCCUCUUCCGGCUGCGCCGCGUCCUCCUCACAAGCUACAGCCUUGCCAUCCUCCUUACUGUCGCGGGGCUGUGGAUCAUCCCCAGCGCAUUCCUCUUCUGCCUGCCCGUGCACGACUUCUGGUCUCUGGGCCAGGAUGCCGGGCAGCACUGCCUGCCCAAAAAGGCCGUGUGGGUGAGCAACGGCGUCAUCCAGAUCACGACGCACGUGGUCGUGCUGGCGAUCCCGCUGAUCGUGAUCCCGACGCUGACGCUGCGGCGGCGGGUGAAGGUGGGGUUGUUUUUGUUGUUCGGGGUGGGGUUGAUGUAUGUCCCCCUUUACCUUCUGUUUCUUGAUUUCGGGCUUGCGGAGGUGGAUUGGAUUUGGUGGAUUUGGAUUGCCUUGGAUGGGGUGCUCAUGCUGAUGUUGUGCUGAGGAUUAGAGUGGUCGCGAUCAGUAUCUUCCAGCUAGUGACGGUGAUUGAGAUUCUGACGAGGGGGCGUGAUUUAACGCGUAUGCUGCCUAGCCUACCCUACCUUACCCUACCUACCUGCCCUACCCUAUCCUACCCCAACCAAUUCCACGCAUCCCCAUCCACGCCACGCAGCACAACACACCACUAACCCCAAUUCCCCGGGUGCUGGGGCACAGACAAAUCCCGCACCACCACCCUCCUCGCUAGCGCCGAAGCCAGCGCCUCCAUUAUCUGCGCCUGCA